CGAGGGCCGGGGGCGCAGACGAAGGGGCUCGAGGGGUGGGGGUGGGGCGCUGCGGGCCGCCCGCCGAUAUGUGACCCGGCUCCGCCGCCCAUGUGGGCUCGCCGACCCCCCGCGGGAGCGGCGGCCGGAGGGGUCCAGGAGCCCCGCCGCCAGGCCCUGCGCCUGCUGCUGCCGCCGCUACUGCUGCUGCUCGCGGCCGCGCCUUCGGGCCGCGCAGUUCUCUGCAUCUCUGGUGGUUUACCCAAGCCUACAAAUAUCACCUUCUUAUCCAUAAAUAUGAGGAAUAUCCUACAGUGGAGCCCACCAGAGGGCCUACAAGGAACUGAAGUUACUUACACUGUGCAGUAUUUCAUAUAUGGGCAAAAGAAGUGGCUGAAUAAAUCCGAAUGCAGAAAUAUCAGUAGGACCUGCUGUGAUCUCUCUGUGGAAACUUCUGAUUACGAACAUCAAUAUUAUGCCAAAGUUAAGGCCAUUUGGGAAACGAAUUGUUCCAAAUGGGCAGAAACUGGACGAUUCAAUCCAUUCUUAGAAACACAAAUUGGCCCACCGGGGAUCGCUCUGACAACAGAUGAGAGAUCCAUUUCCAUUGUUCUGACGGCUCCAGAGAAGUGGAAGAGAAAUCCAGAAGACAGUUCUCUUUCCAUGCAACAGAUAUACUCUAAUCUGAAGUAUAAUGUGUCCGUAUAUAAUACUCAAUCUAAUAGAACGUGGUCCCAGUGUGUGACCAACCACACGCUGGUGCUGAGCUGGUUGGAGCCAGACACUCUGUACUGCGUCCACGUGGAGUCCUUUGUCCCAGGGCCUCCUCGCCUCGCUCAGCCUUCUGAGAAGCUGUGUGUCCGUACUUUGAAAGACCAAACAUCAGCAGUGAAGGUUAAAAUCAUCUUCUGGUAUGUUUUGCCCAUAUCUGUCACUGUGUUUCUUUUUUCUGUGAUGGGCUACUCCAUGUACAGAUAUAUCCAUGUUGGCGAAGAGAAACACCCAGCAAAUUUGAUUUUGAUUUAUGGAAAUAAAUUUGACAAAAGAUUCUUUGUACCUGCUGAAAAAAUUGUGCUUAAUUUUAUCACCCUCAAUAUUGUGGAGGAUUCUAACACUUCUCAUCAGGAUGUAAGUGUAAGGGGGAAAAGCAACGAUGUAUGGGCCCUGAAUGAGCCCCUCGAGGACCAGGAGCCACAUCAGGAGGAAAUGGAGGUGAAGAACUCAGGGUAUGCUUUACAUUGGAUGGACAUUUUCUGUGACUCUGAGGAAAGCUCCAAGGGUAUGUCCCUAACCCAGCAAGGGUCCCUGGGUGAAACAAUGCCCACAGAUAAAGCUGCCGUUGGAUACGAAGAGGCUGUAAGAACUGUUGAUAUCUGUGUGGGGACUGGAGAUCAAGAGCUCAGACUGCAGGAAGAGGCAUCCCUUCAAGGACAAUUCUUGGAGCAACAGGCAGCUUUGGCAGACCUGGGUUCUCCAACACCACUGUAUCCCUAUGCCCCUCAGCUGCGAGACUUGGGCCAGCUGUUGCCGAAGCACGUGGAAGCGGAAGAGGAGCCAGGUGAAGAGGCAUCCACCACACUGGUGGACUGGGACCCUCAGACUGGCAGGCUGUGCAUACCAUCCUUCUCUGGCUCUGAACUUGACUCUGAGGGAUGUGAGCAGCCUAAGUACAAGGAGCUCACAGAAGAAAGACUCUUGUGUAGACUCUAUGAGGAUCAGGCUCCAGAAGAGUCAUCAGAAGAAAACAAAGCCUAUCUCCUGAAAUUUAUGGAGGACUGGGGAUUACAUGUGCAAAUGGAGGACUAACACCUGAACUUCCCUUUGCCACACCCCUGCUGUUAUGAGGCACAUGAGUGCGUACAUAAGAGUGACCAAACAAUAAAGGAUGUGGGAUGAAAGAAGUUGACUCUGA